UCGCUUGCGGCCGAUUACGGUAAUGCAGUACAAUAACAAUCGCUGUGGCGGCUGGUAGGACUUGAACGCAGGCUGUUAUCGAGCCAUUUGGGUACAGUACAGUAUGUCGGGCUUCAAAGUGAUGAGAGCAAUUCGAGUGAGUCAAUUCGGAGAGCCUUCUGUCCUCAAACUGUGCGCCGAUGUGAAAGUUCCACAGCCUGGAAGCGGACAAGUGUUAAUCCGUGUCCAUGCAUGUGGAGUGAACCCUGUGGAAACCUACAUCCGAGCUGGGACCUACGCCCGGAAGCCCCCACUUCCGUACACACCUGGCACCGACGUGGCCGGCGUGGUCGAAAGUAUUGGCGACGGCGUCACGGCAGUGAAGGCAGGGGAUCGUGUUUUUACCACAUCCACCCUGUCCGGAGGCUAUGCGGAAUUUGCCGUUGCCGCAGAUGAGAGCGUCUACAAGUUGCCCGAUUCUUUAGAUUUCAGCCAGGGAGCAGCCAUCGGCAUCCCAUACUUCACCGCCUACAGAGCUCUGGUUCACAAGGCCCAUGUAAAGGCUGGAGAGACCGUCCUCGUCCAUGGAGCCAGUGGAGGGGUCGGUCUGGCAACAUGUCAGCUCGCCCGCAUGCUGGGCCUCAGAGUGAUGGGAACUGCCGGGACCCAACAGGGAAUGGAACUUGCGGCCAAAAAUGGAGCCCACCUGGUGUUUAAUCACAGAGAGGAGGACUAUAUCGGCAAAAUUAUGGAUGCCACAGAAGGCCAAGGAGUAGAUGUGAUUGUGGAGAUGUUGUCCAACAUCAACCUGAACCACGAUCUCCAAAUGUUGACGUUUGGAGGACGCGUCACGAUUGUGGGCUCCAGAGGGUCCAUUGAAAUGAACCCCAGAGACACAAUGGCCAAAGAGAGCAGCAUCAUAGGAGUGUCGCUCUUCUCUGCCACACCGGCGGAGAGGAAGGAGUGCGCGGCGCUGCUCUUUGCCGGGAUGGAAACUGGUCGGCUGCGUCCAAUUGUCGGUGAGGAGUAUCGACUGGACCAGGCUGCUCAGGCCCACCGUGACAUCAUCCAAUCUCGAGGGGCCACCGGGAAGAUGGUGCUCACCAUGUGAUCACCAAAGUCAACUUUGGGAAGAAGCGCUUUUCAUGGCAAAACGAAAUAAGACAUGUUGUGAUAUUUAGCUACACGUACACAUGGACAGCCCACAUUCCGGGAGAUGGCCCUCACUCUUCCUGACCGAUCGAUCGCCUUUCUUACUGCUUAACGUACAGUAUGUCCGUAGAAACAAUCAGGGGCGAUGGCGCUACGCCGUCGCAUCAUCAGGUGAGUUUACGUCCUCCCUGCGGCCCGGCCCGGUGGUUGUGGACCCCUGCUGAAUACGGUCACAGUGGAUGGAUGUACAUGUUUUAAAGGUUUCGGAUACCAACGAAUGCAAAAGCUCAAAUAAAUAAUCAAA